AUGUGGGCGGUGCUGUUAGGCAUUUUUGGUGUCAUUUUUGUCCUAAUCGGUGUGUUUUUGUUCAUAUAUUCCAACCCACUAAGAACGAAGUGGUAUAUAACAGCAUUCACUUCUGUUGGUCUUUUUUUGGCUUUUAGUAUUUUGGGUAUUAUUCCCGUCGACAUCACAUCUAGAACAUGUGACAUCAACCAAAAACCUGGGUGCCAAGAGUCAUGGAUUUAUGUGGACAACGAUGUGUUACAAAUCAUGUGGACGGUCAUCUACUGGCUAUCAUUUGUAGUGAUGUGGACUGUUAUCCCAUACUUCAUGUCAUAUCCAUUUGCUGGGGACUUUACUGUGCUUGAGAGAUGCCGUACUGCAAUUAGGCGCAAUGUGAUCUUUUAUUUAAUAGUUGGAGCUGUUGGUGUGGUAUUUCUAGCCAUCUAUCUAAUUUUCACGCGAGACUCUAAUUGGUACGGUGUGUGCAUUGCCGCAUCAAACGCUUAUGGUUUGCUCAUGAUGAUCUUUUUACUUGGGAAUGGUGUUGUGGAUGUGCCAUAUAAAUUGAUUAAGCGGGUGACCCUCACCAAAUUAUUGAAAUGUACAUUACUCGACGUUUAUCAUUAUAACAAAAAGUUUGAAGAAGCCAAGUCCGAGUUACUUGGAUACGUAUCACAAGUCAAAGCGUACAACAAUCGCAUUAGUGAAAGUGAUCCAUUGCGCAAGUAUGUUAAUGUCUUAGUAUCAAAAGUGUCCGACUUUUUAUCGUCAGUAGAAGCCGAAGGUGAUGCUGAAAAGAAAGUAGAAAAGAUGGUAAGUAUCAACGAGGGGAUUAUCGAUGUGAUGUGGCGAUACAAACAGUUUUUGUUUUUGAAGGAGAAGUCGAGCGAUAAAGCAAAGUUAUACAAUGCCAUAUCCCAAAAUGACUCCAAAAUAAAACUUUAUAAAGUGAUCUAUUACAAAUUCAUUCGCACGUUCUUUGUUGCGGUGUUUUUUGUACUUUCUGGUAUUGUCGGGUUGUUGGUCUUGUGGAGCGAAUUUGCAAUUACUAUCAAUUACAUCCAGUUGCUUGCUAAUAACAAUGACCCGACUAAAGUGGUCGAUGUAUCCCCAUACGCGUAUUUCAUUGAGGCGUUAUCAACGACACCAACUCUUGUGUACGUCUCAUCAUAUCUCCCACUGAUAUUAUGCGUGUUAUACAGUUUUGAAUCACUCCUCACAUUACAAUUUAUAUCAUUCUUACGUAUAUUACCUAAUAGACUGACAGACCCAUACUCGUUACUAUUUGCUGGCGCAUACCUGUGCCGAAUCAGUUCACCUCUUGCACUUAACACAAUCCAAUUGAUCAGUUUUGGGACGGGAAAUUACCAACACGAGUCAGUGGGGGACUCGUGUGACUUAACUGCUUUCCAAUGCGUCAUGAAAAGUAUGGAAGCAGUCCCUUUCUUCGGAACAGACUUCAUUUCGAUAUUCCCAUCCGUCUCUGUCAUUGUCGCACUGUUCUCUGUGAUCUUUAUUUUCUUCGACCCAUGGAAAUUAUAUGACGCAAUAAUUUCGAAAUUCACAAAGAAGAAAACAGAGAAGGCACUCCCAGAGAGUGAGAUGAUUAAAGUCGCGCUGGAAAUUAUUGGAGAGCAAAAUACGGAAAUGACUGAUGAACCAACAAAUAUUACUAAACGUGCAAAAAAUACAAAGUCGUACGGCAAAAUAGAAGAAAAUGUGAGUGUUGAUGGUGAUGAUGUUGAUUUCACAAAAUUAUCUUCUCCAAGCACAAAUAAAACGUACGAUUUUUCUGAUUUGGAUAAUUGA